AUGGAUGUGGCCGCCCUGGUGGCGGGAGUGGGUGAUGUUCUGGAGAUUGAGCCGGACUUGCUUGGAUUGGAUAGAAUUGAGUUUGCAUAUGAGCAACUUCCGUUCAUAUGUUUUGCGUGUGGUAUUCUCGGCCACUCUGAACGAGAUUGCCCUAGAGUACUUGAGGCGGAUAAGCGUAAGAAUCUUAGUUGGAGGCUGUUCUUGAUAGCAUCUCCUAUCAAGGGUCGGGGGUGUUACAUCAAGUACGCUAAGGAGGUGGAUUCCAUUGCUUCUAGGAGGGAGGUGUUGUUUGUUACUAAGGAGAAGGAAGGUGAGGUGGGAAAUAGACCGGUGGCUAGGUGCAUCCAGUUUGAUGGGGAAAGGGCCACAAAGAAUGUUGAGACGGUUAAUGGAGGGACUCGUGAUGUUCAAAUAGCUGUCAUAAAAGAGGUGGGGGUGGAGCAGGCCGGAAGGGACGUGGAUGUUCAGAGAAAUGGGGAAGAGAAGGUGCUUGUUAUCUUGACUUUGGAGGGUGAGGGGGUAGGGUCGAAGAGGGAGAAGACUGGGCCAGACAUCACACCAAGUGGCGUGCAGUCUGCAGCCACGUCUGUGCCCCAGUUCGCAGUAGGUGUGGGCAGUAAGAAAAAAAUUAGAGGGGGUAAGGGUUGGAGGAGACUUAACAGGCAGACGGGGGAGACGAGGGUAAGUGAUAAGGGGGAGCUGGUGGGUGCCGAAAAGGGGCUGGAGGGGGUGGUGGAUGUUGGUGAGAAGAGGGACAGGCAAGCCCCGCCUAGCUCAAUGAGUAUUUUGAGUCUCAACUGCAGAGGGUUGGGCAACCCCAAUGAAGCUGAUGAUCUCCGAGACCUUAUUCGGAGAGAGGUCCCGUCUUUGGUUUUUCUAUCGGAGACGAAGUUGAGUGGUGUGGAGUUUGGUCGAGUUAAGAGGAGAUUGGGUGAUUUUGAAGGGUUGGCAGUGGACUCGAUGGGUAGGUCGGGUGGAGUGGCGUUACUGUGGCGCAAAGAGAUUGAGGUGGAGCUUCGUACAAUGUCGGUGCACCACAUCGAUGAAGUCCCUUUCACUGGUUACCAGUUCACAUAUGACAAUGGUAGAGAGUCGGGCGAUAAUAUUCAAUGUAGGAUCGACAAAGCCUUAGUGACGGACGAGUGGUUUGCAUGUUUUCCGAUGGCUCGUUUGAUUCAUUUGGACCGCGAGUGGUCGGACAAUGCCCCAAUUAAGCUAAUGUUGUGUAGGAGGGAUGGUCGGAUGGACCUGGGAGACAAACUGUUUAGGUUUGAGCAAAUUUGGUCACAUGAUGAGGAGUGUGAGGGGGUCAUUGAGGGAGCAUGGUUAGGCGGAGUGUCGUCAAAGAUAGGGAUGUGCGCGGAGUACCUAAAACCAUGGAGUGACGAGAAGUUUGGGGCGGUGCUCCGUGAGUUGAAAGUGAAGCGUAGGAAGUUGAAGAAGUUAAACAAAGGGGGGAUUUCUUCGAGCCAGCUAGAAAGGCGGCGUGCAUUGGUUAAUGAUAUAGCGGGACUUGUCCAACAUAAGGAGGUGUAUUGGAAGAAACGAUCAAGGGUUCUAUGGUUGAUAGAAGGUGAUAGGAACACUAAUUUUUUCCAUCAAAGAGCAUAUGGGAGGAAACGGAGGAACACUAUAAGCUCGUUGAAGGAUGACAAUGAUGUUGUUCAUUCGGGUGAUGAAGCAUGUGGAAAGGUUGCGGUGGCAUACUUUAAACAAAUGUUUACCACGUCUAGCCCACCACUGGUGGAGCAUGUCCUUACGGACUUUCAGCUGCGGGCAGUGGCGGAGCCAGGAUUUCACGGAUGGAAUUAUGUGAUGGAGAAGAUUGUUGCUCGCUUACUUGAUGUGGAGGAAUAUUUUGUUCACUUGCUUGAGGCGAGGGAGGAUUUUGUGGAGGAGGGGGAUUUUGUGGAGGAAGAUGAUCUUAUGUAG